AGUCACAUGACCGGAACGUAACAAACACGUGCUUCCUGCUGCCGCACGCUGCCUCCUGCUCAACACCAACAAACCUCCGCUGAGCUGAGAAAACAGAGAAAAACACAAACAUGCCGAAAGCCAAGAAGUCAGGAAAGAGAAAGAAGUUCGAUUAUAAUCAGGACCGAAAGAAAAUGAAGAAGAAGUUCAUAAAGAAAUGUAACCCGAGGAUAGAAGAUCCGCAGAUCCGAAACGCGUGGGACGACAAGAAGUCCAUGGCCAGGAACCUGCAGGAGAUGGGUCUGGCUUUCGAUCCAAACCGCACUCUGCCAAUCAUGAAACAGAGACUCCUCGGUGAUGACAAAGUGACUAAAGCUCCCGCCGGCAUCGUGACCAAACCCUACGUCCUCAACCAGCUGGAGGAGGAGGCCAACCGUCCCGAGAAAGACUCCAAGACUUUAUCCUCCGACCUGAUCGAGUACGCUCAGUACAUGAUCCGGGAACACAAAGACGACUUCAAGGCGAUGGCCAGAGAUGAGAAGAACUACUAUCAGGACACACCCAAACAGAUCAAGAGGAAAAUCAACGAGUACAAACGCUGCCACCCGGCGCACUACGACGCCUUCGUCAAGUCGCUCGCUGCUCCAGAGCCGAUGAUCCAGUAGAGAGAGAUUAUCAGCUUCAGCCUGACUUUUAUAUUAUUCUCUGCAGCAGGACGAGACAGACGUCAUUCUGGAGAAACUGUGACUGAUGUCCAGAAUGAGGACGGAAGAUACUCCGUAAUCAGAGUGACAGGAAGUGCAGACGACGAUGCAGGAGAAUUGAGGGAUGAGCUGUUUUGUUUCUGUCAUUUUAUCUUGAAGAGAAAACUUUUCAGGACUUUCUUUUUUGUUCCUGUCCUCCCUGUCAAGAUAAACCAACAUUUCCCCAUUUUGUUAGAGGAGUAUUGUCCUGAUCCCACUAACAAAAAUAAUGUCAUGAAUGUGAAAUGUUGACUGAGAUGUAUUUUUUUUUAAUCGAUCAUUUAAAUACCUUGAAGCUCGUUUAGCAGACUUGUGUUUAGUUCAAGUUCAAGUAACAUCAACGUCAUUCUCUAAAGAAAAUCUCCCUGCAGCAUCGUUGUUUUUACACUGCGGUGGAGAUACGUGCAGUUUUGUGUUGAAAACAUAUUUCCAUUCAUGUUUACAUGCAAAGAAAAACGCCCGUUCAUAACUUAGUCAGCCAGUUGACCCAGUUUGUGUUAAUGAAUUGUGAACAGCUGGGUCAGAAUAACAUGGUUUAGGUCAUAUUCUAAGGAAAAUAUUAAACAUGUUAUUACAAAAUG